AUGUCUUUGUUGUGGAUGGGCGAAUCACACCGUGGGACGGCGACAAACAUUGUCGAAUACGAAGACGAUAGGUUCCGGGUCCAUUUGCAUACAUACAUUCAACCAAAUGCGGUUAUAAUACUGUAUUUAGAACUAGCCGGUUUUGCAAAUGUGGCCAAGAUUGCAAUUCUAAAAGUAGAUUCUAAAUUAAUUGUUGCAUUGUUAGAGAGAUGGAGACCUGAGACACAUACCUUUCAUUUACCAACGGGUGAAUGUACUAUCACUCUAAAGGAUGUGAGUAUGUUACUCGAUCUCCGAAUUAAUGGUAAAGUUGUUAAUGGCCCAACAAACGUAAUCAAUGAUGUUUACAUGGAGAAUUUGGGCAUCGAACCAACAACUUCAGAUAAAAAUGGGGCUUCUGUCAAAAUUGUUUGGUUAGAAGCCAUAAGAGUCACAAUUUAUUACAUUCUUCUUGGUUACCUUUAG